UACCGUAAUUAACCCAUCUUUGCAAUUCUCAUUGCCUUCAACCAGUUCUCCUCCUAGGCUUUUCUUCAGUUUCUUGUCUCCAUUUCUACUCUCUUCUCCAAAGCCAUUAUUUUUAUAGAUUAUACGCCUUGUCAAAAUAACAUUUGCAAAGAGGUGAGUAUUGAGAAGAUGGAAAUGAAUGAAGAGGUCUACACCUUAGAUGGAACUGUGGAUCGACAUGGUCAACCUGCUAUUAGAGGCAGAACUGGAACUUGGGUUUCUGGAAUUCUACUGCUAGUUAACCAAGGGCUGGCAACAUUGGCAUUCUUUGGAGUGGGGGUCAACCUGGUGUUAUUCUUAACGAGGGUGCUCGGCCAAGACAGUGCAGCUGCUGCAAACAGCGUCAGCAAAUGGACUGGAACUGUCUACAUUUUCUCUCUGCUUGGUGCCUUCCUUAGUGACUCUUACUGGGGAAGGUACAAGACUUGUGCCAUAUUCCAGGCUGUCUUUGUUGUUGGUUUGGUGCUGUUAUCAAUUUCAACCACUCUAUUCUUACUCAAGCCUAGCGGCUGCGGUGAUGAAGAAACUCCAUGUGGAUCUCACUCAACUUUCCACAUUGUCUUUUUCUACUUAGCCAUAUACCUUGUAGCCCUAGGUAACGGAGGUUACCAGCCUAACAUAGCCACCUUCGGGGCUGAUCAGUUUGAUGAGGAAGACCCUAAAGAGGGGCACUCAAAAAUAGCCUUCUUCAGCUACUUCUAUUUGGCUUUGAACCUUGGAUCACUCUUUUCAAAUACCAUUUUGGGCUACUUUGAGGAUCAAGGCAUGUGGGCACUUGGAUUUUGGGCAUCCACUUCAUCUGCUGUUGGGGCAUUAGUCCUCUUUCUGAUCGGGACACCCAGGUAUAGGCACUUUGAACCCAAGGGCAACCCUCUCUCAAGGUUUUGCCAAGUAUUGGUUGCUUCAACAAGAAAAUGGAAGGUUGAGAGGACGCAAGGGGAAGAGAAUUUAUUUGAAGUGGACAACAAGGAAUCUGCAUUGAAUGGGGACAGAAAGAUACUCCAUACAGAUAGUUUCAGAUUUUUGGAUAAAGCAGCAAUUAUUACACCAAAGGAUUAUGCUAAGCAAGGUAAAAAAAUUUAUGGUCGCAAUCCAUGGCGUCUCUGCACAGUAACACAAGUUGAAGAAGUAAAAUGCAUAUUGAGACUCCUCCCAAUUUGGCUAUGCACCAUUCUUUUCUCCGUGGUUUUUACUCAAAUGGCAUCACUCUUUGUUGAACAAGGAGCCGCCAUGAAAACCAAGAUUUCCAACUUCAACAUUCCGGCGGCGGGCAUGUCUAGCUUCGACAUACUCAGUGUGGCAGCAUUCAUUUUCCUUUACAGGCUAGUUCUUGACCCUGUUAUUGCAAGAAUAAAGUCAAAACCGAAGGGCCUCACCGAGCUUCAAAGAAUGGGAAUUGGGCUUUUUAUAGCCAUACUGGCAAUGGUGGCAGCAGGAGUGGUGGAAGUGUUGAGAUUGAAGGACGCCAAAAAAGAUUGCCCCAACUGUGUAAACGCAAGCUCUUUGAGCAUAUUCUGGCAAGUUCCACAAUAUAUGCUUAUAGGAGCAUCGGAGGUAUUCAUGUAUGUUGGUCAAUUAGAGUUCUUUAACGGGCAGGCACCAGAUGGGUUAAAGAGCUUCGGAAGUGCGCUUUGCAUGACGUCUAUAUCACUUGGGAAUUACGUGAGUAGCUUGCUGGUGUCAAUUGUUAUGAGAAUAUCUACAAGAGAUGAUAUGCCUGGAUGGAUCCCAGGAAACCUUAACAAAGGUCAUCUGGACCGAUUCUUUUUCAUGCUAGCUGCUUUGACAACGGCUGAUCUUGUGGUCUACAUAAUAUGCGCUAAGUGGUAUAAAUAUAUUAAGUUUGAAGGAAGAAAGGGAGCAGAUGAUAAUAGCGAUGAUGGGCAGGCAGAAGCAGCAGCGGAGCAUAGAGUUUAAAGGUCACACAUAGUGGCAAUAUGGCAUGCUUUAAUAACGAUAUUGUCGGCCUUAUGAUUCUCUUAUCAUUUGAUCUAAAUAAAAGCGCAAAAGAAGGGAAAAUAUUGCAAUAGAGUAGUGGAGUGUGAAGACAACUAAGAAGGAAUUUAGCUGGCUGUGCGAUGAAAUUGGGAGAAAUUAAUUAACUCCAUGGGAUGACAAUGGAGAUUUUCAUUUCUCUGUGGAGCUAGCACUGCAUUCAUUAAAAUUUAUCAUAUAUUCUAAAUUAAAGAUGAAUUUAUUUUAUCA